AUGGAGGAAGAAAGCAAGAAGGCAAUCGAGGACGAAAUCGAGGAAGAAAUCGAGAGAAAUUGUUCAAAAUGUCAAAAAAUAUGGAAUGACAAGAUGGAAAUUUGCCUUAACUGUGAGCUACCUUCAUGGACCACUGGAGAUGAUAUAAUCGAUGAUAAAAUAAAACAAGUACAACUCGACGCUUUUAUUUUUGGCACUGAUACCUGGUUUGAGUGGAUUCCUUAUGACGAAUUUAGUGAAAUUAAGUUUAUAGCUGAAGGAGGAUUUGGCAGUGUAUCGAGUGCAAUCUGGAAUUCAGGACGUGUAUGUAGUUAUGAUCAAAAAGCAAGAAAAUUUAUUCGAGAAGAAGCGACUAUUGUUGCACUGAAAACGUUAUUCGAAUCAAAUAAGGCUAACCCUGAGAUUAUUCAAGAAAUAGAUUCAACAAUCAUAAAUAGAGAUUAUGCUAGUCUAUGUCGUACUUAUGGGAUCUCAAGAGACCCUAAAACAAAGAACUAUAUUCUAGUCUUAGAAUUUUAUGAUGUUGCUUUACAUAAUAUAAGCAACACCGAGUACUUUGACAUGGAAUGCUUGAGAUCUUUAGCUAAAGGAUUGAAAUCGCUGCAUUAUAAAAAAUUCGUUCAUCGUGAUUUGCAUAGUGGUGCAGUAUUCAAAAGCCGAUCAAUCUCAAAAAUAAUUGAAAAAGCAGGAGUUGAUAUCACUUCUUUAAAUAAUCCCAAAAAAGAGCCUAAUGACGCAUAUAUUACUCGACAAUUUGACGAUGAUUUGACAUUAUGA